AUGGCAGAUUCUAGAUCUGUGGUAAGACUUAGAAGAGCUGAAAAACCAGUCCAUUAUACUUUACAAAUCAACUCAUUUUCUUCGCUGAAGGCUGCUGUUGCUGCUUCCAAUUGUGACAGAUAUGAAUCACAGGUCUUCAAUGUCGGAGAUGGGAAAACAAAAUGCUUUCAUGCAAUGAAAACAGAAUGGGGAUUUGAAAACUUGGUUUCACUUGACACUUUCAACGUUCCUUCAAAUGGAUUUUUGGUUGAUGAUUAUUGUGCUUUUGGAGUCGACGUUUUUAUUAUGAAAUUUGAUGGGAAGGGAGAGAUCCUUUCCUCUAUCAACCAACCAGAAAAUUACAAAUUUACUUGGAAAUUCAAGGAUUUCUCACAACUACGUCAAAAUCGUUACGAGUCCAAUGCUUUUACAGUGGAGAACUACCGUUGGAAGAUAUCCUUGUAUCCUAACGGAUACUCACAAGCAAGCUCUGAAUAUCUAUCAUUGUUUUUGGCAUUGGAUAGCGUCGAAGAACUUCCCUCAAGAUUCUCGAGUGUAAAUUUUGGCUACAGACGAAUUCGCCGGAAGGGGGUUGGACGAAUUUCAUAUUAUUAA